AUGGCCACCAUACUCACAAACAGCAGCAAGAUUAAUAGUGGGCGAUUCGGUGUUCUAAAGUUCAUAGCACAAGUAAUACAAGGUCGAUGGUUUAUGCUUUGUGCCUCCUUCUUUAUCUUGGCAGGAGCAGGUGGAGUCUAUGUGUUUGGAUCAUACUCAGAAGCAAUCAAACGUUCACAAGGUUAUGAUCAAAGCACACUCAACUUUUUAGGGUUUUGCAAGGACCUUGGUGGAAACUUAGGUGCUCCUAUUGGUUUCAUUGGAGAGGUUACUCCUCCAUGGGUAGUACUCCUCAUUGGCUCAGUCCUCAACUUUGGUGGCUAUUUCAUGAUCUGGCUUGUGGUCACUGGCAGAAUAUCCAAACCACACGUGUGGCAGGUUGGUCUCUACAUUGCAAUUGGUGCUAGUUCUCAGAACUUUGCCAACACUGGAGUAAUAACCACGUGUGUCAAAAACUUCCCAGAAAGUAGAGGCACAAUAUUAGGUAUUUUGAAGGGUUACCUUGGACUAAGUGGAGCUAUCAUGACACAGCUUUACUUGGCCUUUUAUGGGAAUGAUUCUGAGUCUCUCAUUCUUCUCAUUGCAUGGCUUCCUGCUGCUAUAUCAAUUGCAUUUGCUUCUGUGAUUCGGAUCAUGAAGAUUGGGACUAGGCAACCCAAUGAGCAAAAAACAAUGAACAACUUUCUUUUUGCACCAAUUGUACUUGCAUUGUUCAUCAUGGCAAUGAUCAUUGCUCAGAGACAAAUUCCUUUCUCCAAAGCAGCCUAUGCUGGAAGUGCAACUGUGGUAUGUGUUCUUCUUAUUAUCCUCCCUUUGUUUAUUGCUGUUAGAAAAGAGUUCUCACCGUGGAACAUCAUGGAAAAAGUACUUGCGCAUGCUGCAAAUGAGGUAAUCAUAGAGAAACCACAAAUAGUUGAAGCUAAAGAAAAAGCUAAGGAUGAUCCAAACGGGUCAUGUUUUUCCAACAUAUUCAAUAAACCUGAAAGAGGAGAAGAUCACACCAUUUUGCAAGCACUCUUAAGCAUUGACAUGUUGUUAUUGUUGAUUUCAUCGUUUGCUGGGUAUGGAACAAACGUAACAGUGGUGGACAAUUUGGGACAAAUUGGUGAGUCCCUUGGAUACACUGGCAACACAGUGAGAUCAUUUGUGUCAUUAGUAAGCAUUUGGAAUUUCUUUGGGAGGGUCUUGUCUGGUUUCGUGUCUGAAAUUUUACUUCACAAGUACAAAGUUCCUCGCCCUAUGUUGUUGGUCUUUUCGCAUUUCGUUACAUGCAUUGGCCACCUUCUUAUUGUGUUCCCAGCACCCGGUUCAGUCUAUUUUGCAUCGGUGAUAAUUGGAUUUUCCUUUGGUGUAGUGUGGCCAAUUUUCUAUGCACUCGUUUCUGAACUCUUUGGUCUAAAACAUUUUGCCACACUGCAGAAUUGUGUGCUUAUGGUCAUUCCUCUUGCAUCAUAUGUGCUGAAUGUUAGGGUCACUGGCUUCUUUUACGAUAGAGAGGCAAAAAAUCAGCUAAUAAAAAGUGGCAAAGAAUGGGUGAAGGGCACAGAAUUGACUUGCAUUGGAACUGAAUGCUACAAGCUCCCAUUGAUAAUGAUGGCAUGUGUCUCUUUUUUCGCAGGAGUGACUUCUUUGAUCUUUGUGAUGAGGACAAGAGAGUUCUAUAAAAGUGACAUAUAUAAGAAGUUCACAGAGAAGGCAGAAACGGAGUUGACUACAUCUUCGGUUGUUUGUGACGAAGAGCGCGUGAGUAAUAGUGGUGUUGAACGUUGA